UUUGGCCAAAUAGUUUUGCCCGUAUUUUACGAGAUUGAUCCAUUGGAUGUUCGUGAUCAGACAAACGAUUUUGGAAAAGCGUUGGGACAAACUGCAAACAAAAGUUAUUCAGGAGAACAACUGGAACAUGCAUUGUCCAGGUGGAACCGUGCCCUAGCCAUAGCUUCAGGUAUCACUGGCUGGGAUCUCAGAAAUUUCAGGCAUGAUGCUGAAUUUGUGGAGGUAAUUGUUAAUCGCGUUCAGACAUUACUGGACUAUAAAGACUUAGUUAUUACCCAAUUUCCUGUUGGAUUAGAGUUUCACGUGGAAAAGGUGAUUGGAUGCAUUGAAAAUCAUUCCACCAAAGUGUGUAUGAUAGGGAUAUGGGAAAUGGUAGGAUCGGGUAAAACUACCAUAGCAAAAGCCAUCUAUAAUCGAAUUUAUCAUUUAUUUAUUGGCAAGAGUUUUGUUGAAAAUCUUAAAAAAGUUUGGGAACCAGUAGAUAGAUGGCAUCUUCAUUUGCAAGAGCAAUUUCUUUACGAUGUCCUAAAAUCCAAGUUCAGAUUGCAAACCACUUGGAUGGGAAGAGUUAUGAUCGAGAACGAACUUUCUCGAAAAAAGUUGCUCAUUGUGCUUGAUGAUGUGAAUGAGAUAGGCCAAUUACAAAACCUAUGUGGGAGUCAUCAUUGGUUCGGUAAAGGAACUGUUAUAAUCGUUACAACUAGAGAUGUUCACUUGCUGAACCGGCUCAAACUUAAUUAUGUUUAUAGAAUGUCUGAUAUGAAGGAAAAUGAGUCCCUUGGUUGUCAUGGCUUUAGUGAAGCAAAAACAAGAAAAGACUUGAAUGAACUUGUAAGAAACGUAGUUGUUUAUUGUGGAGGACUAUCACUAGCUCUAUAAGGUCCUUGGUUCCUUUUUAUGUGGUAGGACAGUGGAAUAGAGGGAAGGUUUAUCAUUGAGUAAUAGUUUAUAGUUGGG